AUGGCCCCCGCGGGUUCCGCCCUUAUGGCGCCCGCGGGUUCCCUCAUGGUCCCCACGGGUUCCGCGCUCAUGUGCCCCGACUCCCCCAACUUCGUGUCGCUGUUAUCCAUGUUCUCCUCGCCCCACCCGCUCAGCUGCGCGGGAUCGCUCGCAGACGGGCAGGAGGGGAACGAGCAGCAGGAGGAUUCCAAGGCUGGGGUUCUGGUCAGGGGCGCGGGGAGCGGGGCGGGGGGAUGGGGAGGGGGAAGGGGCGCGGGCGGGAGAGGAGGCGCGGGGCAGCUGGUGUGCGCUCCCCCGAGGAAUGUGCUGCAGGUGGCGGGGGGCCCGCGCGCAGAGAGGGUUCCGGGGCUGCGGGUGCGGAUAGAGAAGGCUCUCAGAAGCCUCUGCCAGGUGUGUGUGCGCAUUGGGGGGGAGUUGGGCUGGUGGUUUGGGGAAAAGCAAGGGGGAAGGGGGGAGACAGUCCUCGGGGGGAGAAGGUGUGCUGAGGGGGAAAGGGGUCUGGUGCUGAGUACGCAGAUGAAAGGCCCAAGUUUGGUUCCCUACAUGUCGCGCGGAGACCUGCUGGCGCAGGUGUGGUUCCCCACGUGGCACGAGGGGCAGCGUGUGCUGAGCACGCGCGAGCAGCCGUUUGUGCUCAUGGAGGGCAGUGAGAAGCUGCGCGUGUACCGCACCAUCUCCACCAACUACACCUUUCCAUUAUCUGGCAGCGGGUACCUGGGGUUACCAGGCCGGGUGUUUGUGUCUGGUCGCCUCGAGUGGACGCCCAACGUGCACUACACCUUCCCCCUGUCUGGCAGCGGGUACCUGGGUUUACCAGGGCGCGUAUUUGUCUCGGGUAGGCCUGAGUGGACGCCCAACGUGCAGUACUACUCGCGGGACGAAUACCUCCGAGUGGCCCACGCUACACCCGACUCCCUGCCCCACCUGAACCUCCACCCUCCUCCCCCCUUCCCUCUCCCCCUCUCCCCCAGCUACACAUUCCCCUUGUCUGGCAGCGGGUACCUAGGCCUGCCAGGCCGCGUCUUCGUGUCUGGUCGCCCCGAGUGGACGCCCAACGUGCAGUACUACUCGCGGGACGAAUACCUCCGAGUGGCCCACGCUACACCCGACUUCCUGCCCCACCUGAACCUCCACCCUCCUCCCCCCUUCCCUCUCCCCCUCUCCCCCAGCUACACAUUCCCCUUGUCUGGCAGCGGGUACCUGGGCCUGCCAGGCCGCGUCUUCGUGUCUGGUCGCCCCGAGUGGACGCCCAACGUGCAGUACUACUCGCGGGACGAGUACCUCCGCGUGGCGCACGCCACUCGCUGCAACGUGCGCGGAGCUCUGGCUGUGCCCAUUUUCAGACUGGUGGCGGUGGUGGAGCUGGUGAUGAUGGGCGAGGACGUGCGCUUCGGCCCUCAGAUUGAUGCUGUGUGCAACGCGCUGCAGGAGCUGGUGGCGGUGGUGGAGCUGGUGAUGAUGGGCGAGGACGUGCGCUUCGGGCCACAGAUUGAUGCCGUGUGCAACGCACUGCAGAGAGCAGUGGUGGAGCUGGUGAUGAUGGCGGAGGAUGUGGGGUUUGGUCCACAGAUUUAUGAUGUGUGCGACGCACUGCAGUACCAUGUGCUGCCGCAACGUGCACAAUUCCCACUCACAUGCCUUGCUGUAUUCCCACUCACAUGCCUUGCUGUAUUCCCACUCACAUGCCUUGCUGUAUUCCCACUCACAUGCCUUGCUGUAUUCCCACUCACAUGCCUUGCUGUAUUCCCACUCACAUGCCUUGCUGUAUUCCCACUCACAUGCCUUGCUGUAUUCCCACUCACAUGCCUUGCUGUAUUCCCACUCACAUGCCUUGCUGUAUUCCCACUCACAUGCCUUGCUGUAUUCUCACUCACAUGCCUUGCUGUAUUCCCACUCACAUGCCUUGCUGUAUUCCCCCUCACAUGCCUUGCUGUAUUCCCACUCACAUGCCUUGCUGUAUUCCCACUCACAUGCCUUGCUGUAUUCCCCCUCACAUGCCUUGCUGUAUUCCCCCUCACAUGCCUUGCUGUAUUCCCACUCACAUGCCUUGCUGUAUUCCCCCUCACAUGCCUUGCUGUAUUCCCCCUCACAUGCCUUGCUACGGUGGACCUGACUAGCAUUCGCGCAUGGGACCAUCUUCCAGCAGAGAUGCCCUUCCCGGGCAGGGGAGCCGUCUUAACCGAGAUACACGAGGUGCUCUCCUCACUCUGCGACAAACACUCGCUCCCCCUCGCCCAGACCUGGAUCCCUUCCUCCUGGGUCCGCCUCACCGAACCUCCCGCCGCUGCCGAGCCUGCGGCUCGGGGGCUGGCUCGGGGGAGCGCGGGGCCGGUAGGGGCGAGCAUGCGGAGCAGUGUGAGGGCGGGGUGGAGCAUGCGACGAGAGGGGGCGGGGCGGGGAAAGGGCGCAGUUGACGUGGGGAGCUUACAGGAAGACGUGUUUGAGGUGUUUCAUGUUGGUGGAGCGGGUAAAGGAGGAGAAGCAGCGGGGAGAGGAGGGGCAGGAGACGGGGAGGAGGAACAGGGAGGGGAGCAGCAGGGAGGGGAGGAGCAGGGAGGGGAGGAGCAGGGAGGGGAGGAGCAGGGAGGGGAGGAGCAGGGAGGGGAGGAGCAGGGAGGGGAGGAGCAGGGAGGGGAGGAGCAAGGAGGGGAGGAGGAGCAAGGGGAGGAGGACGCAGUAACACUGUUCACAGCAGACAUGCCGAGCUGCGUGGCAGACCUCCGCAUGUGGGGGUUCCGCCAGGCGUGCUGCGAGCACCAGUUACAGGCAGCACAGGGCUGCCCCGGCCGAGCCAUGACCUCCAACGCCCCCGCCUUCUGCGACGAUCUCCAGCUCCUCACCAAGGAGCAGUACCCUCUAGUGCACUACGCGCGCAUGUUCGGGCUCCGAGCCGCCGUUGCCAUCCGGCUUCGGUCGGUUUUGAGUAAAGAUAUGGACUAUGUUUUGGAGUUCUUUCUGCCGCCGGGGUGCAGGGAGAAGGAGGAGCAGCAGCGGUUGUUGACGCAGCUGUCGCAGAGCAUGCAGGAGGCGUGUCGGAGCCUCAGGACGGUGACUGUGCAGGAGAUGGUGAGGAGUAGGUCCGGGAAGAGUGGGGGUAGUCGGGGCACAAGGUCAGGGUCGGGGACGGGUGGCGCGGGGGCGGGAGGCUCGGUAGCUGGCGGGUCGGUGAUGGGAGGUGGGGGGGUGGAGAUGAGAGGGGGAGCGUGGGGGGGAGGGAAGGGGAAGGGGUUGGUGGGGGAAGGGGUGUCGGAGGGAGGUAGUGUGGUGAGGGGUGUGGGGGUGAAGGGAGCAAGGGAGGGGGGCGAGACUCCGGAGAAGAGAGGUAGGGAGGUGAAGAGGAGGCGAGUGGAGGAACGAGGGGAGGGGGAAGGAGCGAGGAUGUGUGAGGGCACAGGUGUGGGUAUGGGGGAGACCGGAGUGGGGGAUAAUGGAGUGGGGGAGAGCAGUCCGUUUGAAGCCGCAGCAAUGGCUGAGCUCUGUGAAGGUUCGGCAGUCACGCCAUUGGCUCACGGUACACCACUCGCUCACAGCAUGCCACCUGGCAAUGGCACAGAUGAUGUGGCGCUGGGGAACGGUUCUAUUGCGGCGGGUGCAGGAGGAAUGGCUGUGGGGCUUGGAGGGAAUGGAUUAGGGUGUGGGGAGGAGGGGGAUAAUGGGGGCGUGGGGAAUGGUGGGGUAGUGGGAAAUGGAGAUGGGAGUAUGGGUAAUGGUGGUGGCGGUAUUAGCAAUGCUUGGGCCGAAGGUGGUUUCUCCGAACAGCAGCAGCAGCAGCAGCAGCAGCAGCAGGGGGAGAUGGGAGUAGCCCCAACCACACUCAUGGGCAUGGGAACAGGCAUGGGAACACACAUGGGAGCGGGCAUGGGAGCGGGCAUGGGAACGGGCAUGGGAGCGGGCAUGGGAACGGGCAUGGGAUCGGGCAUGGGUGGUGGCAGUAGCAUCAACAUCAAUGCAGGUGGGAUGGGCACAAGCAUAGGCAUGCAGGCCAUGCCGCCUCUACCUGAAGACGCGUUCUCAGGUGAAAGCUCAGGUCCUCCAGCUGUCCCCCCUGCAGGGCCCAUGUCUGCCGCCCCUGCCGCCCCUGCCGCCCAUGCUGCCUCUUUUGACCCUGGGUUGGGCGGCAGGGAGGCUGCAGCUGCACCUGCCGCCCUUGACCAAGCCAACCAAUCAGGUCUCCCUACCACGUCAGACAGGAGUGGUGACAGCCUGGACGAGGGGGGAGGGGCGUUGGAGGGGACACCAGAUGGGGCAAGCUCGGGGCAGCCUUCAGGAGGGGCGGAAGGGGGAAGGCAGGGGGGAAUGCGGGUAGAGGAGGAUGUGACAGGGGGAGGAGGAGGGCGGGAGGAGAGGGCGGGAGGGGCGGAGGGGGGGCCGAAAGGGGGGGUGAAGAAGGGGGAGAAGCGGAGGGGGGGGACGAACGAGAAGAGCAUCAGUCUGGGCGUGCUGCAGCAGUACUUCGCAGGCAGCCUCAAGGACGCUGCUAAGGCGCUGGGAGUGUGCCCCACAACCUUGAAAAGGAUAUGCAGGCAGCACGGCAUAGCGCGGUGGCCCUCCCGCAAGAUCAACAAGGUGUCAAGGAGCAUUCAGAAGCUGCAGGACGUGAUCGAGUCCGUGCAGGUGCCAGCUGGCGCGCUGCGAUUGGACGCCAUCACGUCUGAGUUGGCGACCGCCGCGGCGGUCAAGGCGGUCACGGGGGCCCAGAUCGGAGGGUCAUCCAACUCCCCAGCAUUUUCAAACCAAGCAUUAGCAGCGGCAGCAGCAGCAGCAGCGGCAGCAGGAGGGGGCGGGCAAGGGCAACAAGCACAUGUACCAGGAGGUUCCACUAUGCUCCCAGCUCCCUCUUUUGGUUUCAACUCCACCUCCUUCCAGUCCCUUCCCUGGCCUGGGAAUCGCCAUCCCUCUAUGCUCGACCAUAUGGUCGGAGGCUCGGCGCACGGACCUGGAGGUUCGGCACAUGGGCCCCUAGCCACGGGAGGUUCGGCGCACGGACCUCUUGCCAUGGCUGGAGGUUCGGCGCAUGGGCACUUUGCAGGAGGGUCGGCGCACGGCCCGUUCAUGGGCGUGGGUGGUUCGGGGCACGGGGGGAUGGUGUUUGCGGGAGGUUCGGCACAUGGUGGGAAUGCGUUCGCGGAAGGUUCGACGCACGGAGGCAUGGCGUUCGCAGGAGGUUCGGCACAUGGGGGAAAUGCGUUUGGGGGAGCGGGCGGGUCAACACAUGGCGCGGCGCUACUGGCUGCAGCAGCGGGAGCAGGAUCAAAUCACGGGCCGUUUCCAGGGGGGCCAGUGCAGGGGGGGUAUAUCCUCAUGGGUAGCUCUGCCCUUGGCCCACACAUGGCUCAUGUUGGGAGUUCUAUGCAUGGGGGAGGAGGGUCCAUGCAUGGCGGAGGGUCAAUGCACGGGGGGAUCAUGGCUGGUAUGCAAGCUGCUGCUGGCAUGGGUAUGGGUGGCAUGGGUGCUCCUGGCAUGGCAGCAGGCAUGCAAGCAGGGGGGUCACAUCAUGGUGGAUAUUUCUUUGCAGGGAGUUCAGGCCAUGGGGCCCAUAUGAUGAUGGGUUCACCCCAUGGGGGGGCAUAUGCAGGCCCUGCUGCUGCUGCUGCUGCUGCUGCCGCUGCUGCAGGUAUGGCCGGACCUGGCGGGAGCGGAGGUUCGGGAGGAGGCCUGGGGCCGAACCAAGCUGGCGGGUCGAUGCAUGGAGGAAUGGCUGGAAGCGCAGGGGGGGUGCACGUGGCGAAUAGGACGCCGCCACCUGGCAAGCUGCCGAUUCCGCGUGAUCCGUCUAAUUCCAAUCUGAGCCUUGCUUUGAGUCUUAAGAAUGGAGCCGGGACGCAGAGAGCAAGUGGGGCGGUUGCUGGGGGGGAUGACGAGGGCACGACACAUGGCACGAGCCUAUUGGCCAGUCUGCUUCGGAGGAGUGACGAGGAAAUUGGGCUGGUUGGAGGGACGGUGACAGGGGGAAGGGGAGAGGGGGAUGCAGGGGAGGGGAUGGGGGUGGGGAGACAGGAGGGGGGAGGGGGUGGGGGAGGCGGUGGUGGGGAGGGAGAGAGGGACGGGCAGCUGGGGAUGAGCCUGGGUGGGCAAGCAGGCACGGCAGGGGGUGGGGCUGCAGAGCAAUGGUUGCAACAACAGCAACAGCAGCAGCAGCACCCUCAACACCAGCAGCAGCAGCAGCAGCAGCAGCAGCAGCAGCCUGAAGCUGCCACUGCUGGUGCUGGUGGCGCUGGGGGUGGGGGCAGAGGGCAGCAAAGGGAGGAGACGCGGGUGCACGGGGGGCGGUCAGCGUUUGUGGCUCUACGCAGCUACCAGCCCAUUGCAGGGGACCACUCCAACGACCACCAGGGCCACCAGCAAGGGCAGCAGGGGCAGGGGCACACAGGAGGGGGCAGGGACGGGCAGGGAGGCGGAGGGGCAGCAGGGGGAGGCAGGGGAGGGUUUGAGGGGCAUGAGGGCGCUUUAGGGGGGGUAGGGGGACGGCUACGUGGUGGUGCGCCCUGUGCUGCCGACAUGGCUGCCCUUCGGCACGCAGGCACGGGAGGGGCCGGGCAGGGUGGGUUCGUGGGUAGAGGGGCUGCUGGGGGUGCUGGUGGUGCUGGCACUGGUGGUGCUGCCACUGGCGGUGCUCAUGCCCCAACCACGUCGCUACAUCUAUGGGAGGCAGACCGAGGUGCUGCCUCUGCCUCUGCUGCAGCAGCAAGCACCGGAGCAGGAGGAGCAGGAGGAGCAGCCGCAGCAGCAGGAGGGACCCAGUCAGUGGUAACGAUCAAGGCCACGUUCGGGGGCGAUACAAUCCGGUUCAGAGUGGCACUGAACACCUCAACUUACCAGUUGGUGCAGGAUGAAGUAGCGAGCAGGCUGAGAUUGCCGGUGGGGGCAUUCUCGCUCAAAUAUUUGGAUGAGGACGGCGAGUGGGUGGUGCUGGCCGGCCCUCAGGACAUGGACGAGUGUGUGCAUAUAGUUCGAGCUUCGGGGAGCAAUACCAUAAAGCUAAACAUCAAGGCAGAAGCACAGGGGAGAGGGUGA